GACCUGAGCCUGGUUGUCUUUCGCAAGCAUCACCUGCAGAGCGUGGUCAUUCUCCCACAGUUGUAAAAAAGGCCAGCUGAGGAACGGAGGGAGACGUGCCAAGGACGGGCCGUUGGGGGAUGUGUUCGUCCCUCCAGCUUUCUCCUCUUCCUCGAGCCAGCAGGUCCCAGCACUGCUCUGCUCUCGUUGUCACCAAAGCCGCUGCAGCUAGAGUCGGGCUUCCCACUUGGGAUGUUCUUUGAUGGCUUCUUUGAGGAGAGUGAAAGUCUUGCUGAUCUUAAACUUGAUUGCUGUGGCUGGCUUCGUCCUCUUCCUGGCCAAGUGCAGGCCCAUCACGGUGAAGAACGGUGACGCCUUCCACGAAAUCCAUCCCCGGGCAGAAGUGGCCAACUUGACCAUCCACGCCAUCAACCCUAUCCAAGAUGCCGUCUUGAAGCGGCUCUCACUUCUAGAAGACAUCGUCUACAGGCAACUCAAUGGGCUCUCAAAAUCCUUGGGCCUCAUUGAAGGCUAUGGUGGCCGUGGCAAAGGCGGUCUGCCUGCUACCCUCUCCCCAGAUGAGGAAGAGAAAGCCAAGGGGCCACAUGAGAAAUACGGCUACAACUCCUACCUCAGUGAGAAAAUAUCGCUGGACCGUUCCAUACCAGAUUAUCGGCCAACCAAGUGUAAAGAGCUGAAAUACCCAAAGGAUCUCCCACAGAUUUCCAUCAUUUUUAUCUUUGUGAAUGAGGCAUUGUCCGUCAUCCUGCGCUCGGUACACAGCGCAGUGAAUCAUACGCCCGCCCAUCUCCUGAAGGAAAUCAUCCUCGUAGAUGACAACAGUGAUGAAGAGGAGCUGAAGGCACCCCUAGAGGAGUAUGUCAACAAGCGAUACCCUGGCCUUGUGAAGGUAGUGCGCAACCAAAAAAGGGAAGGCUUGAUCCGUGCUCGCAUCGAAGGCUGGAAAGUGGCCUCUGGUCAGAUCACUGGAUUCUUUGAUGCCCACGUGGAGUUCACAGCAGGCUGGGCUGAGCCGGUUCUCUCACGAAUCCAGGGUAAUCGGAAAAGGGUCAUCCUUCCUUCAAUUGACAACAUCAAACAGGACACCUUUGAGGUUCAGCGAUAUGAAAACUCAGCCCAUGGAUACAGCUGGGAGCUGUGGUGCAUGUACAUCAGCCCCCCAAAGGAUUGGUGGGAUGCUGGCGAUCCCUCGUUACCGAUCAGGACUCCAGCAAUGAUCGGCUGUUCAUUUGUUGUGAACCGGAAGUUCUUUGGAGAAAUAGGCCUUCUGGAUCCAGGGAUGGACGUUUAUGGCGGGGAAAACAUAGAGCUUGGUAUUAAGGUGUGGCUCUGUGGAGGUAGCAUGGAAGUUCUCCCCUGCUCUCGAGUUGCACACAUCGAACGCAAGAAGAAGCCUUACAACAACAACAUUGGAUUCUACACCAAGAGAAAUGCAUUGCGGGUGGCUGAGGUGUGGAUGGACGAUUACAAAUCACAUGUGUACAUUGCGUGGAACUUGCCUCUGGAGAAUCCGGGAAUUGAUAUUGGGGAUAUUUCUGAAAGAAAAGCACUGAGGAAAAGUUUGAAGUGCAAGAAUUUCCAGUGGUAUUUGGACCAUGUCUACCCAGAAAUGAGGAGAUACAACAACACCGUUGCAUAUGGGGAGCUCCGCAACAACAAAGUCAAAGAAGUUUGUUUGGACCAAGGACCCCAGGAGAACCACACAGCAAUCCUGUACCCAUGCCACGGCUGGGGGCCUCAGCUUGCCCGCUACACCAAAGAAGGAUUUCUUCACUUGGGUGCCCUAGGGACCACGAUCCUCCUGCCGGAUACCCGAUGCCUGGUAGACACCGUGAAAAGCCAUUCCCCUCAACUCCUCGAUUGCGAGAAAGUCAAGAGCAGUCUCCAUAAGCGCUGGAAUUUCAUACAGAACGGUGCAAUUCUCAAUAAAGGAACAGGACGCUGUUUGGAAGUUGAGAAUAAAGGCUUGUCGGGUAUGGAUCUUAUACUUCGCAGCUGCACAGGACAAAGGUGGACAAUUAAAAAUUUCAUCAAGUAAAAUUCACCCUUUGCUGAUGAACUAAUGAAACUGAACUCUCACAAGGGUAGACAUUUCAAAGCAAACCCUCUGCUCUAUUCACAUUAUCAGGGAAGGAUUUUAAGGGAAGGGAAAACAAAUUAAUUUUUUUAAUGUUUUAUUUAUUGAACCUUUCUUCUCUGCUGGUUUCAACUGGUUUCCAGAUCCACAACUUUCUCUCUUGAAUGGUGUUUGGAUUUUCUUUUGGAGGGUGAUUCUAAGGAAGGCUUGCGGGUCCUCAAUUGAAGAGCCAGCAAAGGGCACAAGAGAAUAAACCUUGGAUUUCUAAAAGCCCACAUAUCUGGCAACUUUAUAUAAACAUGAUCUCAAAGGUAGUCAAAGGAUCAUAUAAAAACAAACUUUUUCAGUCUUCUUCCAAACUGGUUGUGCAGCUUUGAAAAUCCUGCCGGAAACCUGAACUUCUAAAAGUACAUUUCAGAAGCUCCAUGAAAAAAGAAAAAAGAAAUUCUUUACCCACGUACACCUGCACAGUUGUUGGGUUCUCACUAUCAAAGUACAAGAAUCAUCCCAACCAUCAACAGUAUGCAGAAUGACAAACCAGUGUCUAUGUGUGUUCCAUUCAACCUUUUGCCAGACUUAAUGAGAGAGUGCGCUAUUUUUGACAAGGAAUAUUUUAAUGAAGACUUGCCCCCAACACUGAAGCAACGGCAUUAAUUUUGUGUUCGUGUGGUUUCUAAAGUGUGAUCAUCAGAACAACCUUUUAAAAAAGAAAUCAUUUUAAUUUGUGUGAUGUGCUUUAGAGAACAGAAAACCAUUUUACCCGUCAGAAAUGUAUUACCUGUUGCUGUGGACCAUUUCCUGUCCUCUUCCUUAACCACUGACUGAUGAGGGAAAAUGGUGAUUUUUGUUAUCACAGCAGAUGUAGCAAAAAGAGAAAAAUGAGGGAACCUUUCCCUUACACAGCUGGUUGUGUAUGUUUGCAAUGGAAAUGUUUCUGAUAUUCUCCUAACCCAAAUUACCUGGUUUUGUUUUCAACAAGGAACUUGAUGUAUUGAGUUCUCAGUUCUUCUGAUGUUAUUUCCAGGAGAGCUCCAAUGAAGACCAAGGUUGCAGAGGCAGGCAAUGGCAAACCACCUCUGUUAGUUUCUUGCAAUGGAAAACCCCAACAGAGGUUGCCAUAAGUCAACUAUGAUUUGAGGUCAGGAUUUCAUUUCAUACAGGACACUGUACAUGCCCAAUUUGCCAUAAUUUGAUGGGCUCUUAUCUCUUUUCCUCUCUGUUAAUGAUUUGCAAUUGAUAAAAAUAUGCACAACAGUUAUCUGAAUGUGAAAUAAUGGUCUUGAUGUGUUCAGUCCUUGGCAUUUCCUGUUAAAGGGUUUCUAGAGAGAGCCAGUGUUGUGUAGUGGUUAGAGUGUCAGACUAGAAGCUGGGAGAACCGGGUUCGAAUCCCCACUCUGGUAUGGAAGCCAGCCACACACUGUCAUCAGACCAAUCUACUUCACAAGGUUGUUGUGAGGAGAAUUAAGGUGGGGUAUAAGUGAAGCAAGAAAAUAAAUAAGUCGCAUGUGUUAGGAAGGACCUCUGCUGGAGACCCUCAAGAACUUCCAAACAGAAUAGCUGUCUUAAGACAGCUUCACAUGUACAGUUAUAUCCGAAUUCUUUUGUGUGUGUGGUGCUUUCUUUAAAGAAGUAUUUACACAGUGGUGCCAGAUGCACACAGAAAGGACCUUGUUUUGCAGCGUGACAUCAAUGGGCUUUGCACAGUGGUGAUGUAAUGUAGGGAAAAGAGAGGAUGUCAAGGAACUGACAGCUGCUACGAACUUUGCAUGCUCUAACUCUGGAAUUUAUAUUACAAGGAGGACUGGCACGCAGAACGAAAUGAACUUCCAGAACAAACAGUAAAGGAACGGAACAGGGAAACUCCAUCCAUUCCUAAUACACCUGCAUCUGGCACAUGCUUGACCCUUUAAUACCAGAACUAUUGAGCAACUGAAAAGAUUCACAGUGUAGAACGGUUACUAUUAUAUCGGGUUGACUGUACAGAGCCACUAUGGUGUGAUUAUUAGAGUGUCCAAGUAGGGUCUUCUAGGGAAGCUUGCUGGGUGACCUUGGGCCAGUCAUACUCUGUCAGCCUAACCUACCUCACAGGAUUGUUGUGAGGAUAAAACAGCGGCAAGGAGAACGAUGUAAGCUGCUUUGGGUCCUCAUUGGGAAGAAAGGCAGUGGAAAUGGAUGCCACCAAAAGAAGAGAAAGAAUCAAUGUAGUGAUACACAAUCACAUUAAGCUUGCCAUUUUGCAGAGUUUUAUUCAUUUACAUGAGUCACGUUAUAGGGAGCAGGAGGCAGAAUAAAAAUAUGUAAAAAUUAAACACCAUAGUCAACUGUGCAUCCAGCUAGGAAUUCUCCAGUUAAGGGUGGGUAUCUGCUCAUUUCUACAUUCGCAAUAUCUUAGGAUCCCAACAGGGCAAAAUAUUUUGGAAUACUCUAUGUGAGAAUUAGAAUUCAGGGCCUUUUGUCUUUUUGAAUGCGGAGAAGCGAAACCGUAUUAAAUGUUCACAAAUUAAUGGCUUGGACCCUUCAGAUUUCUGCAUGAAUUAGGAAAUUUGUGCAUCAGAAGCAUGGGGGAAAACCUCAUGGUGGCCGUGUGUGCCAGAUGCCUAGCUGUUUAUCCAGGGCUUUUUUUCUGGGAAAAGAGGUGGUGGAACUCAGUGGGUUGCCCUCGGAGAAAAUGGUC